ACACGCGGCGGGAAGUUAGACUAGUUCUAGUUUAAAUAAGUUAAGCGGCCUACUCAUAUGUGAUAUUUAUUCUCGGCGCUGGGUGAAGCCAUCAAUUGACUGCUUCCAGACUUGACAAAAAACACACCACCUUGAUUCAAGGCCAACGAGAAAAGUAAUCUCAACCCUCAAGAUGGAAGGAACAGUGUUUACCCCUGCUUUAGAAGGAAUGAAGCGUGUCAAGUCUGAAGAAGGAGAAAUGCUUACCAAGCCUUUCUUAGACGUCUGCAAACAGAUAUUACCUGUUAUCGACAAAUUUGGAGCAGCUAUGGCGCUUGUCAAAACCGACGUUGGUGGUAAUAUAACAAGGUUGGAGAACAAAUAUCAGUCCAACCCAGCAGAAUUUGAGAACCUAUACAGUAUGGUUAAGGUGGAGGUUGCAGCUAAAACAGCUAAAGGUUCAUCGAGUUGCACCAACGGUCUUCUGUGGCUAACUAGGGCAAUGGAUUUCAUAGUAGAAUUGUUCCGUAAUUUAAUGGAGCAUAAAGAUUGGGCCAUGUCACAAGUCUGCACCGAAGCGUAUACUAAAACACUGAAGAAAUUUCACGGCUGGUUGGCUAGUUCAACUUUCACGGUUGCAAUGAAGCUUGCUCCGGAGAGGAACAAGUUCAUGGAUGUUGUGGCUGGGAAGGGUGACAUUCGUUCUGAUAUCGAAAAAUUUUGUGCAACUUUUACACCACUUCUUCAGGAGAAUCACAAGUUCUUGGCGAGCCUCGGUUUGGAUGAUAUGAAAGCAUAGUAAUGAUCAAGAACCUUAACUCUUAUAUUUAUAAUCAACAUCUAUAUUUUUAUAAUUUGUUUGGUUGAACCACAAAUAUAUGUGAAGUCGAAAUUAUCUCUCUCUCUUGAUUUCUUCUUUUUAAUGUUAUCUAUAUCUGUCUUUUUUUUUUUUUUUUUUUGUAAUCUGUAUCGGUCUAUUUGGUUGUAUUUAUCAACAUUUUAUGGGGUCAAAAGACCCUGUCUGUAACUCCUUUGAAGAUGAAUGGUGAAAGGCCUCAAAUAUAUCUCUCA